AUGAGAACUGCAGCAGAGGCUUUGACUCUGCAGUGGCAGCAAAUGCCACCUAUCUUCACCAUAAUUGAUGAUGGCUUCCGCUGUGCAAGGGCCAAAGCGCUGAAGAUCUCACAGAUGAAGCGUGAAAGCCUCCACCUGGAGAAGAAGGCCAAAGCUCUAGAGGAUUGCGAUGCUCGAAAGCAGGAGGAGAUGAUGAAGCAAUCCAGGGAUUUGGAAGAUGAGGCCAAGAAGUUUGAGAAGGAGGAGGAAGAAAAAGUGAAGGCAAACUUCCGGCCGCUUGCAUGUGAGGUGUGCGGAACAGCUUAUGUCAGCAAUUGUGAAGGAGAGUAUGAAGCUCACCUCAAGUACAAGGUACACGAAAGCUACACGGAGAUUCACGCUAGACUCAAGGUGCUGAAGGAGAAGAAGGCUGAGCGGGAUCGCAUCGCCAGGGAGAAGAAGGAGGAAGAGCGCAAGAAGAAGAUGGAAAAUGAGGUGAAGAAGGGAGAAGAAGAAGCAGAGGCAGAGGAGGAUGAAAAGGGUGAAAAGGGUGAAAAGGGCGAAAAGGGCGAAAAGAAGGGUGAAAAGGGCGACAGGAAGUCCAAAGCCAAGGGGAAGGACGCCAAGAGCGGUACAAGGUCAAGAACACGAAGGAGAGGUAGCAGAAGUCGAGAUCGCCGUGGGAAGGAGCGCGGCAGAGACCGGUCACAUCGCCGCAGCAAAAAGGAGCGGCGGAAGCGCAGCUGCAGCAGCAGCCGCAGCUGCAGCCGCAGCCGUGGCCGACGAAGACGAUGA